AACCCAACAUGGCUGCGCCCUUGCUGAAGCGCUGAAGAAGUGCCUCUCCGGAGAUAUUCCCGCGUCUGUGUUUAGUUUCCCAGAAACACUUCGGACAAAAUCAGCUCGUGGGCUCGCUGGUGCGCAGGACCCCCCUCGUCCAUAAGUGUGGCCGUCUCCUCGCGCGGCUGUGGCAGACUGUCCGUGUGAAGAUGGGCCUCGUCUCCAGCCCUGUCCCAUAGCAAAGAGCCCCGGGGAGAGGAGCCGCAGGUUCCCCUGCAAACACGCACCGGUCCAGCUCGCCUUUGACGGUUUCGACCUCCUCUACCGGCUUUGGACGCUGCCCUACAGUUUCCUGACCAGGAUAAUCUGCACCACGGUGUCUGUCAUUGUCCGGAGACGGAGAGCUUCUUCCCCAUCCCGGGUUGGUCAUCCCACCGCACCAAGGGCCCUGAUGAAAAUGGACUCGGAGCUGCUUCAUUCCCCAGCCGUGGGGCUGACUGAGGAAGAGGAGGCAGACAUGAAUGACUGGAAGCUUCCCUUGACCUUCAUGAAGAAAAGGCACUUGGAGAAGAUCGAGGGCUCCAAGGCGUUAGCGCAGAGCUGGAGGAUGAAAGACAGGAUGAAGACGGUUAGUGUGGCUCUGGUGUUGUGUCUCAAUGUGGGAGUGGACCCUCCUGAUGUGGUCAAGACAUCCCCAUGUGCCAGGCUGGAGUGUUGGAUAGAUCCUCUGUCAAUGAGUCCACAGAAAGCCCUGGAGACCAUCGGGGCAAACUUGCAGAAGCAGUAUGAAAACUGGCAGCCCAGGGCACGCUACAAACAGAGUCUGGACCCCACAGUGGAUGAAGUGAAGAAACUUUGCACGUCCCUGCGGCGCAACGCUAAAGAGGAGAGAGUCCUCUUCCACUACAAUGGCCAUGGAGUGCCACGGCCAACCGUUAAUGGGGAAAUUUGGGUUUUUAACAAGAAUUACACCCAGUACAUCCCUCUGUCCAUCUAUGACCUGCAGACGUGGAUGGGGAGCCCGUCUAUUUUCGUUUACGACUGCUCCAACGCUGGAAUUAUUGUCAAGUCGUUUAAGCAGUUCGCCCUGCAGAGAGAACAGGAACUGGAGGUUGCAGCUAUAAAUCCCAGCCACCCGCUUGCACAGAUGCCGCUUCCGCCCUCAAUGAAGAACUGCAUCCAGCUGGCUGCAUGUGAGGCCAACGAGCUGCUUCCCAUGAACCCGGACCUCCCCGCUGACCUCUUCACCUCCUGUCUCACCACGCCUAUCAAAAUUGCGCUGAGAUGGUUCUGUAUGCAAAAGAGUGCCAAGUUGGUGCCAGGAGUGACGUUAGACCUCAUUGAGAAGAUCCCUGGCAGGCUUAAUGACAGACGCACACCCCUUGGAGAGCUCAACUGGAUCUUCACCGCCAUCACAGACACCAUCGCGUGGAACGUGCUGCCCAGAGAUCUGUUCCAGAAGUUGUUUCGUCAGGACUUGCUGGUGGCCAGCUUGUUCCGCAAUUUCCUGCUGGCAGAAAGGAUAAUGAGGUCGUACAACUGUACACCAGUCAGCAGCCCCCGUCUCCCCCCAACUUACAUGCAUGCCAUGUGGCAAGCCUGGGACUUGGCCGUGGACAUCUGCCUUUCUCAGCUGCCUACCAUCAUCGAGGAGGGCACCGCCUUCAGACACAGUCCAUUCUUCGCAGAACAGCUCACUGCGUUUCAGGUGUGGUUGACUAUGGGUGUGGAGAACAGAAACCCUCCUGAACAGCUCCCUAUAGUUCUGCAGGUCCUUCUCAGUCAAGUGCAUCGGCUGAGGGCUCUGGACCUGCUCGGACGGUUUCUGGAUUUGGGACCUUGGGCUGUCAGUCUGGCUCUUUCUGUGGGGAUCUUCCCAUAUGUGUUAAAGCUGCUCCAGAGUUCAGCCAGGGAGCUGCGGCCGCUGCUGGUGUUCAUCUGGGCUAAAAUCCUGGCCGUUGACAGUUCAUGUCAAGCUGACCUGGUGAAAGACAAUGGACACAAGUACUUCCUGUCUGUGUUAGCUGACAGUUACAUGCCUGCUGAACAUCGAACCAUGGCCGUCUUCAUCUUAGCCGUCAUCGUCAACAGUUACAACACAGGGCAGGAGGCCUGUCUGCAGGGUAACCUGAUCGCCAACUGUCUGGAGCAGCUCUCUGACCCACACCCGUUGCUCCGGCAGUGGGUGGCGAUCUGCCUGGGCCGGAUCUGGCAGAACUUUGAACCGGCGCGGUGGUGUGGAGUCCGAGACAGCGCUCAUGAGAAGCUAUACACCCUGCUGUCCGAUCCCAUCCCCGAGGUAAGAUGCGCGGCUGUGUUUGCUCUGGGAACGUUUGUAGGGAACUCUGCAGAGAGGACGGAUCACUCCACCACCAUCGACCACAAUGUGGCCAUGAUGCUGGCUCAGCUGAUCAACGAUGGCAGCCCUGUGGUCCGCAAGGAGCUGGUAGUAGCUCUGAGUCACUUGGUGGUCCAGUAUGAGAGCAACUUCUGCACAGUUGCCCUGCAGUUCAUAGAAGAAGAGAAGAAUUAUGCUGUACCGUCACCAGCUAACACCUCAGAACCUGGCAACAUGACUCCAGUAAGGGACAGCCCGGCCAUCCCUCGUCUUCGGUCCGUUAAUUCCUACACCAACAUCCGAGCAGUAACCACCGCUCGCAACCUGAACAAAAGCCUCCAGAACCUGAAUCUCAACGAAGAAGGUGGCCCAGCAGCCCUCUCUCCUGGUAACCUGAGUACCAGUAGCAGCGCCAGCAGCACACUGGGAAGUCCUGACAACGAUGAGUACAUCCUCUCCUUUGAAACCAUUGACAAGAUGCGACGGGUUUCUUCGUAUUCCUCCCUAAACUCCCUCAUAGGUGUUUCCUUCAACAGUGUUUACACUCAGAUAUGGAGAGUGCUGCUCCACCUAGCUGCAGAUCCUUUCCCAGAGGUUUCAGAUUUGGCCAUGAAAGUCCUCAACAGCAUCGCUUACAAGGCGACGAUGAACGCAAGACCUCAGAGGAUUCUGGACUCUGGAUCGUUGACGCAGUCUGCGCCAGCCAGUCCCACCAGCAAGGGCACCCACAUUCAUCAGGCGGGCGGCUCUCCACCUAUGCCUAGUACCAGUAGCUCCAGCCUGACCAAUGAAGUCCCCAAACCUCCUCCCAGAGAGCCGCCAGCAACACGCCCCCCCUACACCCCAACUCUGGGAGGACAGGCGCCCCACUCACACCAGUUCCCUCGGACACGCAAGAUGUUUGAGAAGGGACCAGAACAGGCAGCUGAAGAUGGCGAGGAGCCUGGUGGUCACAGGAACUACGUCAGUCUGGCUCUGCAGACGGGUUUAUGUGACUGGAGCGCCAAGUACUUUGCUCAACCUGUUAUGAAGAUUCCAGAGGAGCAUGACCUGGAGAGUCAGGUGAGGAUGGAGCGGCAGUGGAGGUUCCUCAGGAAUGCUCGUGUUAGAAGACAGAGUCGGGUUAUAACACAAAGAGGUAUUUCCCGUCUAGACGAUCAAAUAUUCAUCAACCGUAACCCGGGAGUACCAUCUGUUGUGAAGUUUCACCCCUUCAACACCUGCAUUGCUGUGGCCGACAAGGACAGCAUCUGUUUCUGGGAUUGGGAGAAGGGUGAGAGGCUGGACUACUUUUACAACGGAAACCCUCGUUACACCCGGAUUACAGCCAUGGAGUACCUGAACGGACAUGACUGCUCAUUACUGCUCACUGCCACAGAUGACGGAGCGUUGCGAGUCUGGAAGAACUUUGCUGACCAGAAGAACCCAGAGAUGGUAACGGCGUGGCAGGGCCUCUCAGACAUGCUGCCAACCACCAGAGGUCAGCCCUCCUCCAGCACCCACAGUCUGGCCAGAAGGGUUUCCAUCUAUCUUGACAGGAGCAAGCAAGGAGGAGCUGGGAUGGUGGUGGACUGGGAGCAGGAAACUGGUCUCCUCAUGACGUCAGGAGAUGUGAGAGUCAUUCGGAUCUGGGACACGGACAGAGAGAUGAAAGUCCAGGACAUCCCUACAGGUGCUGACAGCUGCGUGACCAGCCUGUCCUGCGACUCGCAGCGCUCGCUCAUCGUAGCUGGUCUGGGUGACGGGUCGGUACGCGUGUUUGAUCGCAGGAUGGGCCCGAGUGAAUGUCGAGUGAUGACCUACAGGGAACAUGGAGCCUGGGUGGUUAAAGCUCACCUGCAGAAGGAGACGGACGGAAACAUUAUCAGUGUCAGUGUUAACGGAGAUGUUCGGUUCUUUGAACCGCGGACGCCAGACUCCAUUAAUGUGUUGCAGACUGUAAAGGGAUUAACAGCCUUGGAUAUACACCCACAGGCCAACCUAUUCGCCUGUGGAUCAAUGAACCAGUUCAUAGCCGUGUACAACGCUAACGGUGACGUGAUCAGCAAUAUAAAGUACUAUGAUGGCUUCAUGGGGCAGAGGAUCGGUGCUAUCAGCUGUUUAGCCUUCCAUCCACACUGGCCCCACUUGGCUGUUGGAAGCAACGACUACUACAUGUCCAUCUAUUCAGCAGAGAAGAGGCUCAGAUAACACACCAGCACAGCUCCUCUUUCUCCUACCCCUCACCCCCCUACACUCAUGAAUUCAGACCCUGAGCCUCGAGCACUUGGAUGUAAAGGAUGUUUGUUUUUUGUACAUAUGCAAUUCACCUCCGUGAAUGUUCAAGUGAUAGCUGCUGACAAAAACUCAUGCUACAAAUGUCUCUAUACAUAUAUAUAUAUAUAUAUAAUAAUUAUUAUGAUGAUGAUUGUUUAUUCAUAUUCUUAUUAUGAGGCUAAUGAUUGUAGGCUUGGCUGUGCUGAGGACUCUGUGUGUAUAUAAUUAGUAGAAGAAGAGGUUCUAUUUUAAAGAAGCCCCACACAUGGCUCCCUGCAGCUCUUCCUGGCUGCACAGCAACCAUCACUACCUGAAUGAACUGUGAACCAUCACCCACACAAGCCCACAGUGGGGUCACACAGUGUUGAAAUAGACCCACUGAAACCGGACACAUGGACUAAUACCAGCCCGCUGGCGCUGGACCCCCUCAUGUGUUUAUGAUCACGUAUCAGAUCCAGACUCACCGCAAAGAGAUGCAGCUUUACUCCCUGGAGGUUUAAAAGGACUAACCCGGUGGUGAUAGACUGAUCUCUCUCUCGUGUGACAAAGGUUAAGAGGGAUUAUUUUCCUGUGUUUGUGUUGUAUAUCAUAGAUGUGCCCCAGUGUGAACCCUCAUAGUUCAAAAGGACACCUGACCCAGUGUGCCAAACAGAAUCAGAAUAAUCCACCAAUUCACUGCACAUUUCAAGUUUUUUUCACUCUCAUCCACACCCACCUGGAGGUGGCUUAAUACCUGGUUGCCGUGCAAUGCAAUAAGGCUGCGUUUGCUGCCCCUGCUUAAGCUCAGCAAUACAAAUACAUUCAAUCUUAGUUUGCACUGCUCUCUUUUCACCAGCUGUCAGUGCUACCCUCAAUGGCAGAAAGGACAUUAGGUGUUACUUCCCUGUCACUCUCUAAGCUCUAUUUAUUAAUAUAAACAAAUCUCUCACCAAAACAGCAACAAAAUGCUUUGCAUAAGUACUCUGUUCUUGAAACCCCACCUUCUCUCCUGCUUUUGGAAGAACUUUAUUUGUUAUUUCUGAGCUCCAGCUUCCUUUGUUACGACUGUGAUUUAUGUUAGCUGCCUGUUUAUAGCCACAUGAGUCUGUGCUUUAGUGACGAAACCUUUUUUUUAGCACCUGCCAUAGCUCAAAACCCUCAAAGUGCUUUAAAAAAGCUGGCCUAAAUAGACAAAGACGAGAUAAAGCAAGUACACGGGUCACAUCAUACAGCAUAAAACUAGGUUUGAAUUAAUAGUUAAAAAAAGUUAAUCCACUUCUUUAAAAAAUAUCAACAGAAUUAAGAAAGGUAGAGGAUAAAUAUGUUUUUACAAUCGUUGGGCCGCUGCUAUAAAGGGUUUUACCCCCUAUGGUCUUAAAAUGUGUUCUUGAAACCAUUGGCAAACUUAUGCCGCGUUCACACUGAAGGCGUUUAUGGGCGUCAGAAACAGUAAAAUGCAGAAAUCUGGACACCGGGUCGGACACGAUCGAACUCUGAUCAAGUUGGUUUGACGCUUCGAUGCUCGACGCUCUAUUAGAGCAGAUUUUAAAACUUAGAAAAUAUCUUUGCUUACAAAAAGGUUUCUGACAAUGAAAGCCAAUACACCAAAUGCUGUUUGAUCUCAGUAAUUUCUCAUGGACAAUAAAUACGUUUUUAAUCUUGUUUAAUUUCACCUUCUAGCAGUUAUCAUUAAAACUGCUAAAGUAGAAGUAAAGCAUUAAAUAUUUAAGAACAGUAGAGCUGCACAUCAUCAGCAUAGAAAUGAUAAGACACGUGGGAAAAUGUCCUGAUUUUGGACUUGCUGUAAAGAGAACCCUUACAGCGGAUGCACCAGAGUCAGUUGACAUGAAAAUGUUCCCAGAUAUCUUUCUUUAGAGCAGUUUCUGUGACAGAGAGCUAAUGCUAUAAUUUAUUAAAGAUCUUUUUUCUCUUAAAAAGAAUUGGUAAAUGACCUGUACUUAUAUAUUGCCUUUUUAAGUCAGGGGACUCCAAAGCACUUUACACUAGAUUUAGUCAUUUACUCCCACAUUGAUGGUGGCCAGCUGUAGUGUAGCCACUGCUUCCCUGGGGCACACAGAGGCACCAUCAGGGCCUCUGACCACCAUUAGUAUUAAUACAGGUGAAGUUCUCUGGUUGCGAGAUGAACUUCUGCAUCCUAAAGCACUGUGGUCCCAAGAAAUGAGUUGUUCCGCCUUUUCAAGAUGGUUUUACAUAUUUUAAUGAUAGGCCUGUAAUUUUUAGCUGCAUAGGGUUCAAAUUGCAUUAUUUAAUUGUGGCUCAUUAACAGGAUGCUUGAAGGAGUUUGGAAUCACACCCGUUAGAAGGGAAGCAUGGUAAGUUUCUUUGUAACCCAGGCAUAUAGCACCGGAAAACGCUUUUAAACGAGAAAACGGGAAAUUUGGUUUGUUAGGUAGAUAUUUUCAUUUUAUUAAGUCAGUGUCACCUGAUCAAACGCAUUCAGAGAUGAAGAAAGUGGGAAACCAGAAAUAAAGUUAUGACUCAACACAGGUACAGUAGAGAUCACAGGGAAACGACCCUUGAUUUCACUCAGGAAUCUAAUGAAACCACCUCAAACAGCUGAUCUCAGAGCAGUGAAGAUGCUCAGGUUAGUCACAUGUUGUUGAGAUGAGUGUGUUUACUCUGAGGUUAGUUUUUUUUCUGUGGUGCCCUCUCACCAACAAUGUGCCUCUUCCUCUGGGCCGCAGCUUUGCCUUCUUAGCUUCUUUUAUUUUUGUCGCUAUAAUUUGUUUUUGAAUUGCUUCCUUUUGCAUCUUGUUUAGCUCAGCCUCAGUUUUCCAUAGACACGACCCCAUCCCCUCCUGCAACACGACUGCGAGUUUACUUUUCACUGCAAAAGACGUACUUAAGAGCCAGCAGUCAUGACGACCACCAAACUAUAGCAUUGCACUGCUUCAGUGCUCUUUGGUUCACAAGGCAUCAAUAAAGUAUUACUAUAUUCAUCUCUAAUUAUUGUGCUUUGGGUUUUAGGAUUUUAAACCUUGGGAGGAAAAAAAAAAGAGACUUGAACAUGAUAGUAAAAAAGUGAAAUACAAUCAGGUUUGUCUGUGACUGUAGACAUCUUUACUGGUUUAUAAAAGGAGAAAUGAAAUUGAUGAAAUAAACCAAA